AUGAAUCAAUCAAAUCAAUCAGACCAACAAUCUGAUUCCUUGGCAUCAAGAUCAGCAUCUCAACAACAAUCACCAUCUUCUUCACCACCACCUUUCUCAUCAACACAAAUGGCUGAUAUUGGAACUGAAUCUGGGAACCUCUUCCGCCUAAAGGACAUCCUCUCAUAUUUCGCUGCUGUCAAGGGCGAUCUCUCCAACGUCACAGCCCCGCCUUUUAUCCUCGCCCCGAGAUCGGCUAUCGAGAUCCCAGCUGCCUGGGCAUGUCAUCAUGAUCUCUUCCUCCAACCUUCCGAAGAACCCGAUCCCGGAGUCAGAGCACUUCUGUUAGCCAAGAACUAUGUGUGCAGUUUGAAACAGCUUGUUGGUGCAGAUACAGAAGAUGCGGGCAAGAAGCCAUUGAACCCAUUCCUCGGCGAAUUAUUCCUUGGAUCGUUUUCCGACAAGGCUGGCUCACAAUCACAAUUAAUUGUCGAGCAAGUAUCGCAUCAUCCACCAGUCACAGCAUGCUCGAUAUAUAACAAAGAGCGUGGGAUAUCGUCAAGAGGGUUCGUCGGUCAGGAGACGUCGUUCAGUCUAGUUAGCGGAGUCGCAGUACGACAGACAGGUUAUGCCAUCAUCAAGGACGAUAAGCACGAUGAGAAGCACCUCAUGACUAUGCCGACUAUCCUCGUCAAGGGAGUUGCCACAGGGAAUCCAUACCCGGAACUAGAGGGCCCAAGUUACAUCACUAGCUCGAGCGGAUUUAUGACCAAAAUCGAAUUCCAUGGAAAACGAGCUUUCGGGUUUGGGGAGAAGAACCAAGUUGUUGCUGAAGUCUUCGCACCAGACAACAAGAAGGAACCGCUAUAUCGUAUCACCGGCCAAUGGACUGGCGAACUCGUCAUCCAGGACUCAUCCAAAACCACCCUCGAAGAAUUCCACGUCGACAGAAUACCAAUAUCACCACUCAGCAUCGCACCCAUAGAUAAGCAGACACCAUGGGAAUCACGGCGAGCCUGGUCCAAGGUUACCCAAGCCAUUAAAGAGCACAACAUAGAAAAGGUGUACGCCCACAAGAGUGCCAUCGAAGACUCUCAAAGAAGAAGACGGAUGGAAGAGGAGAAGAAGGGUGCUGAGUGGAACAGGCUGUUCUUUGCAAAGCCCACGAAAGGGGACGCAGUGGCAGAAGAUCUGCUAGCUAUGGUUCCGGAAAGGCUUGAUGGUAUAGACUUUACCAAGACAAAUGGAUCUUGGGCAUUUAUCGGACAGGAUGAAGCUGAGGAGUUGAUGGGAAACUUGAACACGGAGACAUUACCGUGA